GGCUUUCCGCCGCGGCCGCCGCCCCGCGGGCGCGGCGGGGGGCGGGCGGCACCGCGGGCCGCGCCCGCCCGGCGGGAAAUCCCCGGCGCCGGAGGCGGCGGCGCGUCAGCGCGGGGAGGCGGGAGGCCGGCCCGCCCCCCCCCCCCCGCUUCCCCCCGGCGAGGUGCCGGCCCGGGCGGGCAGCCCCGCGGCGGCAGUCGGCCGGAGCGGCUGCGCGGAGCUGUCAGCAUGGCCGGUGGCCCUGAACCCUACAUUGAAAUAUUUGAACAACCCAGGCAAAGGGGAAUGCGUUUCAGAUACAAAUGUGAGGGAAGAUCAGCAGGCAGCAUUCCAGGAGAACACAGUACAGAAAACAAUAAGACGUUCCCUUCCAUACAGAUUCUGAAUUAUUUUGGAAAAGUCAAAAUAAGGACUACACUGGUAACAAAGAAUGAACCCUACAAGCCGCACCCUCAUGAUCUGGUUGGCAAAGACUGCAGAGAUGGUUACUAUGAAGCAGAGUUUGGACCAGAACGGCGAGUCCUGUCUUUUCAGAAUUUGGGCAUUCAGUGUGUGAAGAAGAGAGACCUGAAGGAAUCAAUUUCUUUACGUAUCUCAAAGAAGAUCAAUCCAUUUAAUGUGCCUGAAGAACAGCUGCACAACAUCGACGAGUAUGAUCUCAAUGUCGUCCGCCUCUGCUUCCAAGCUUUCCUCCCUGAUGAACAUGGCAAUUACACAUUAGCUCUUCCUCCUUUGAUUUCCAACCCAAUCUAUGACAACAGAGCUCCCAACACAGCAGAAUUGAGAAUUUGUCGUGUGAAUAAGAACUGUGGAAGUGUAAAAGGAGGAGAUGAAAUAUUUCUACUGUGUGACAAGGUUCAAAAAGAUGAUAUAGAAGUCAGAUUUGUCUUGGACAACUGGGAGGCGAAAGGUUCCUUCUCACAGGCUGAUGUUCAUCGUCAAGUGGCCAUUGUGUUCAGAACACCACCAUUCCUCAAAGACAUCACUGAACCUGUUACAGUAAAGAUGCAGUUGCGAAGACCUUCAGACCAGGAAGUCAGUGAGCCAAUGGAUUUCAGAUAUCUACCAGAUGAAAAAGAUCCAUAUGGUAAUAAAGCGAAAAGGCAAAGAUCAACAUUCGCUUGGCAAAAGCUCAUACAGGACUGUGGAUCAAAUGCAUCAGAGAGGCCCAAAGUAGCUCCAUUCCCAUCCGUCACUCCUGAAGGGAAGCUGAUUAAGAAAGAACCAAACAUGUUUUCAUCUGCACUGAUGAUGCCAGGGCCAGGAACUCUGGCCAACACUAGUCAAAUUUACUCUGCCUGCAAUCAGAUGCCGCAUCAGCCUGCCCAGGUGGGGCCAGGGAAGCAAGACACACUCUCCUCGUGCUGGCAGCCUCUGUACACGCCCUCUUCAGCAGGCAGCCUGGUCAAUGCACACCCACAGAGCAGCUUUGCAGCAGAGGUGCCGCAUGCUGGUGCUCAGGGCAGCAGCUCUCUCCCGGCUUUCCACGAAAACCCUCUGAACUGGGCUGAUGAGAAGGAUACAAGCUUCUACAGGAGUCUUGGCAACACAAACAGCAUAGGAGCAGUGUCGGUGUCGCCUGGAGACAUGCAAAAUGUUUCUAGUAGCAGCCUUGUGCACCAGGCUCAUCCCGCCAGCGUCACCACAGCGAGCAUCGUCAACAUGGAGACUGAUGACAUGAACUGCACCAGUAUAAACUUUGAAAAGUAUAAUCAAGUGCUACAUGCAAGCAAUCACAGGCAGCAGCUCCACCAGGUGCCACCAGCUUGUACACCUGUAGCAGCCCCUGGCAGCACACCUUUUAAUUCACAGUCUAAUUUAGCCGAUCCAGCAGCUUACGGUUUUAUAAACCAAGAAGUUUUGAGUGAAUCAAGACUAUCCACCAACCCUAUCCAAAAUCAUCAAAACAGCAUUGCAGAUAACCAGUACUAUGAUACAGAUGGUGUCCAUGGUGACGAGCUCUAUCCAUCCUUCCAAUUUGAUAGCAUAUUACCAAGCUAUAACCAUUGAGCCAGCGAUGUCAGGCUGGAAGUGGGUACCUAGAGCUUUUCAAAUGGUUAGCUGUGUGAAGAAGAGUAACUUAUCCUUCUGGAUUGCCUGCUUUCUCUCUCAGAAUGUUAUCUCUCAGAAUGUUACUGUGCAAGUUUUAUGAUACAACUUAAGGUUAUAUAUUAUAGCCUUAAGACUGGUGCCCAUUAAGAAGAGAGGUGGGACUAGGGUUUAGAGUUUUGUACCUUAAAAGUACCUCAUACACAUUUUUACACUGUCGGAAAAAUGAAUUUUUAACACUUAAAGCUUCCUUCCUUUUGGGGAGUUCAGUUGUAAAAGCUGAAGGUAUCUUAAGAAGGGUCAAGUUUCAAAUAAGUCACAGAGUUAAAACUGUUUGGAAAGAAACCAUUUUUGCUAUGGAAAUUAACUAUAAAUUUUGAUACGACAGAAAUUAGGAAAAAAAAAAUACACGUGGGCACUCUUGCUCAGGCUUGCCUAACUGUUGCAAGUUUUACUCAACUUACUUGAAAGGUUUAGGUUUCUUAACCUCUUUUAUAUGAAAUAUUCUUCUGCUAAAACAAGAUUAUGCAUUGAUUUUUCACAUCUUCAUCACAUUCCAUUUGCUUUGAAGGCAAAUUUGCUCUAAAAAAUUUUUAAUGACUAUGUCAUUGUUAGAUGUAUUUUAAAAGACCGGAAGGUUUGUUCGAGUUUUUAAAUAGUCCAUCUCUGUUGUAAAUGAAUCACUGCACAAAAGAAUGAACAGAAAAUAAGGACUUUUCUGCACUUCAUCCAAAGUGCACUAUUUUAAAUGACAAAACCCUGUUGCUUUAGGAAUGGAGCAUGCUGUUAUUUCUCUGGAAGUUUUUUUUGUGUGUGUGUGUGGCUGUGAUAUGUAUUUUAUUUUGAAUAGCAGAAAGAUAUUGGGCUAAGGCAUCUACCUAUUCUUUCCUCAGGUAUCCUGGCAGUUUCCUGCUAUGCAAGUGACUGCUUAAGAGAGGGUCAGAUCCUGCCCUCCCCCCCCCCCCCAACCCCCUCACAAGAAAGCUUUGGAGCAAACCCAGAAGCACAGUCUCUGUGCAUCCUAAUCCAGAUGCACCAUAUUAACAAUUUAAGGCCCUUUCAGUCAGUACUAAUUAAAAGCACCCCUCUACGCUCUGGAUCAGAAGGUAGAACCUCCUUCCCUUUGCUUCCCCAUCUUUAUUCUUAGCCUGAGACAUGAGAUGUUUAAUUACAACUCAUAAGAUGUUACUGGCUAGGUAAGACACUUUACUCUGCAUAUAGGGCUUUGCUCUUUUAAUAUUAUUAUAACUUUUUAAGAAGCAACACAUCAACAAAUACAUGAGUACAUUUCUUAAGUUACACAGCUGUUUCCUAUGGCAGAUAAGGCUUAAGAAACUAAUUGUUAUUGUUUGUCAACAUAAAACUGCACCAUGAAAGAAAGCAAUAACUAUUUCCCUUGCACACUUGGCUAUAUAUAAAAAAACAAAGAACCCCACAACCCCAAAUCAAAAGAGACAGUUGAGAUGUAUAGUGGUAUACAGCGCAGAAAAGAGCUCCAAGAAACCUCAGUCAUUUAUGGGAGAGCGGUGACUCCUUACUACAGUAAUUCACUGGAUUCAAGGCAAUUGCAUACUGCAGCAGUAAUGCAUUAUACCAGUUACACAGCUGACAGACUACACUCCUUAGAUGAUGUGUAUAAAUGAAGCCUGGAAAACUGUUCCCCAUAACUCCAGAUACACAACGGAAUGAACUGACUUUAUAUGUUGAAGUAGUUUUUUGCUCACCUCUUCAAAACACAUACCUUUUCAGGAGCUCCUCAUCAGUCCUAAGCAAUACAAAGACCAAAGAAAUGCAAAGAACAGGAGAAAGCUUAAAAAUGUGUGGUUUAUUCAGUUUUUGGUUUUUUUUGAAGUUCUCAAUUUUAUUAAAUGUAAACAUUUUACUCAUUUUAUAGAAAGCUCUUUACAGUAUGAUUUGUUUUUGUUGUAUAAUUAAAUAUUUCCAAUGUUCUGUUUUCCUUUGUAAACAAGUUGGUUUGGUAAUUAAAAAACUGGUCAUCAUAA